CGGGUAUAGUUUUGUUGGUGCAAAAGAAGACGAAGGCUUUCUUCUGAGUGUGCUCCGUGCGUUUGACACUACGAGGAGAGGGAGGGACUGUUUUGGGGUUUCAGAGUUUGUUUCUUGCUCUACAAUGGAGGGUCCUUAGCUCUUUGAUGUUUCGUGUGUGCAUGAAAACUGAACUAACUUCUCUCUGGAACUGAACUGAUAAAAGUUUUAAGGAGUGUCGGUUUUCUCUGGGUCUAAGGGUUAGGCGUUAAGCUUCAUGUGGGAAUUCGAAGUUCUACUGUUAGGCGCGGUUUAUUUUGGGGAAUGAGGGGUUUGGAUUCAGAAUCAUAUUGCACUCAAUGGUGGUAUCCCUCCUAUAAAAAUUAUGAUUUAGCUCGGCGUUGAUUUUGAAGUAAAAGAUUUUGAGUAAUUAUAUAUCAACGUAAAGAGGUAAAACAUUAUCAGGAAAAUUCGAUGUCUCCACCUCUUGGCCAUGUCGAGGAGGGAUUGGGAAAAGGGGUUCCCUCUCUCAUAUCGUCAGCUUCUUCAGAAAAUCUCAGCAAUAACAACUCUGGGUUGAGAGAACACAAUUAUAUGGGACUAUCGGAUGCCUCUUCCUUGGAGAGCUCUGUAAUAACAUGUCCUUUAGAGGAGAAAGAAGACUCCCUAAACCUAAAAGAGACAGAGUUAAGGCUUGGGCUUCCUGGUUCGAGGUCUCCUGUUAGAGAUCCAGAGCUUUGUCUCUUACCCUCUUUGAAAUUAGACGAGAAGGCCCUCUUCCCUUUGGCCCCAUUGAAAGAGAACACUUCAGAGGAGAAGAAUGGGAGGAAUGGCAUCUUUUCUGGUAACAAAAGGGGUUUUUCUGAUGCUAUUGAUGAUGGGUUUUUAGAGGCAAAAGGUGGGGUUUUUUCAGAGGGGUUCCUAGCGAGUGUUGGGGUCAAUGCUGUUGCUGUUAAGCAAGGGUCUGCUACCUGGCAUACGGGAGGCCUGGACCAUCGGGCCUCUGGUAUUGUGCCCUCUAGGCCUCCUCUUUCUGAAACACCUGUUAUGCCAGUAUCAUUGAAGGAUCAAUCGCCGAUGCUUAAGGAGGUUGCUCCUCCAAAGAUGUCUCAGGAUAGGGUCCGUGCCCCCAAUGAGCCGAAUCAGACGAAUCCCGUGAAUAAUUAUGUUGUUGCUCCUGCUUCAAAGCAACAGGUGGUUGGGUGGCCCCCUAUUAGAUCAUUCAGGAAGAACACAUUGGCAGCCAAUCCCAAGAAUAAUGAAGAAGUUGAUGGGAAACCAGGUUUCGGUGGUCUGUUUGUCAAAGUCAGCAUGGAUGGUGCUCCAUACCUGAGGAAAGUAGACCUUAAAACUUACUCUGCUUACCAGGAGCUGUCCACUGCCCUUGAGAAGAUGUUCAGCUGUUUUACCAUUGGUCAGUGUGGCUCCCAUGGAGUUUCUGGUAGAGAUGGCUUGAGUGAGAGCAAAUUGAAGGAUCUUUUGAAUGGAUCAGAGUACGUGCUCACAUAUGAGGAUAAGGAUGGUGACUGGAUGCUUGUGGGAGAUGUCCCUUGGGAGAUGUUCAUUGAUUCAUGCAAGAGGCUUCGAAUCAUGAAGGGUUCAGAUGCCAUUGGCUUAGCUCCAAGGGCCAUGGAGAAGUGCAGGAACCGGAACUAGUAUCUUGAGAUGAUGAUUGCUUUCUGGUAAAUGAGCGGUUAGUGAGGCAAGUAUAGGGUUUAUGGGAAAUGGCAACUUUGGGUAGGUGUUCUGUUAUUGUUAUGUAAAGGUGCUUUAUGGCUUCGCUUCUGGUUUGAAUGUUAUUCUAAAACUCAGUGGCUUCUAUAUAUUAUAGAACUGCACCGCAAGCUAGAACCUCGAAAUGUUAUUAAUCCAAGUGUUUGUUAUAAUUAAUACUUCAAGUGUUUCGUGUUUAA